AUCAAUCAAUCAAUCCCUGCGAUUUCUCGUCUCGUCUCUCCCUCUCUCUCGGUGUGUGUUAACAAUGGCGACGACUAGAUUAGUCACCGGACUAAAAGUGUUUUUACCGGUUAUGUUCUGCGUCAUGCUCGCGACACUUAUCUACACUAUCAUUACCGAUGGCCUUCCCUUACCUGACCGUCGAGAUGUCUUCACACCAUGGUUCGCUACGACGAUUUUGGAUUUCUACAUCAACAUUGUUCCUAUUGCGGUCUGGAUUGUGUACAAGGAAUCGACAUGGUUUGGUUCUAUACUCUGGGCAAUUUUGCUAAUAAUAUUUGGCAGCCUCACGACUUGUGUGUAUCUGUUUAUGCAACUUCUCAAGCUGACAACGCAAGAGGCUUCAGAAGAUCCUAUGUACUAUUUGCUACUGCGAGAUUCGAUCAAGGAUGGAGUGGGUCUCAGAGACAAGAAAUCCCUUGUCGUCACUGCAAGAUUUGUGUUUGGUGCCUUAGGAUGUGUGAUGUUAGGAGCUUUGAUUUACACUUGUUUGACUGAUGGUUCUCCUUUCCGCAUGGAGCUUCUAUACCCGUGGAUGGUGGUUUUACUGGUUAACUUCUACAUUAAUGUUGCGGUUUUGUCAGUUUGGGUUGUCUAUAAAGAAUCUAGCUGGGUCAUUGGAAUUCUCUGGGUUGCUCUCUUACUAUCUCUUGGCAGCUUUGGCACGAGCGUAGUCAUUGUAGUUCAGCUAUGCCGUCUCUCUCCUCUUGAUCCGCUAUACCUUGUUCUGGUGAACAACAGCAAUAGGAAGCAAAGAAAAAACUAAGGGCUAAGUUAGUGAACUCUCGUGGGUCAUGGCAGGGCUGGAGAUAUGUAUGAGCGCACUCAUUCUGCGGUUUUGCGUAUGUGAAGCAUUGUGAUUUCAUUUUUACCACAAAACAUUUCUUUAUCCAUUACAAGUUUGUAUGUUGCUUAUCUUCUCGAAAUAUUUGGAUACAUUCUUCUGUAUAUAAUAGUAUCUUUUAGGACUCCUAAGCAUGUGACAACAGUAUGCAGCUAGCCUCUUACAUCCUUUGUCGACAUGCAUGAUGCAGUUACUGUGUAAUAAACUUCUCUUUCAA